UCAGGUCUUGAGGAUAAACUUACGUGAGUUCUAAAAAUGGGAAGAAUUUUUCUGGAUCACAUUGGUGGCACUCGCCUGUUCUCCUGUGCAAACUGUGACACUAUCCUGACCAACCGAUCUGAGCUCAUCUCCACUCGUUUUACAGGGGCCACGGGAAGAGCCUUUCUUUUUAACAAGGUGGUAAAUCUGCAGUACAGUGAAGUUCAGGAUCGGGUCAUGCUCACUGGCCGCCACAUGGUUCGAGACGUGAGCUGCAAGAACUGCAACAGCAAACUGGGUUGGAUCUAUGAAUUUGCCACUGAAGACAGCCAGCGCUACAAGGAAGGCCGUGUUAUCCUGGAAAGAGCGUUGGUCCGAGAGAGCGAAGGAUUUGAGGAGCAUGUUCCAUCUGACAAUUCCUGAAGAGACUUGAGUCUCUUCUCAGGUUCUCUUCAACUGAAACUCAAAAAUAAUAAAAUCAUCAAAAAAAUCUGCUUACAUACACUGUCACCUUAGCAUCAGAGUCGGAUUCAUGGACUACAGAGUGGGAAAGAUUGAGAGAGUAUUUCAGAUGGAACCUUCCUUUCUUUAUUCCUUUUAUAUUUUACUUUCCCUCCGGCAGCUGUUUGUAGAAAGAAUGUUGUGCAGAUGCUGUAAAUUUUUCUCUCUUGCAUUUACAUCUGUUAGAUUUGAGAUUGUAUCUACAGAUAAAUGAAAAUAUUUGGGGGAUUUGUCUUUUGUUGGAGAGAAAUUCGGUGAGUUUUCUUUUAGUUUGCACAAACUGAUGUCAACAUAAAUUAUUUUAAAACUACAGGUUUUUUAAAAAAGUAAUUCCAAUUUUGGAGUUAAGUUUUUAGUUAGUGGUUUUGGUUUAUUUUGUUUUGUUUUUUUUUUUACCCAGUCUUUUCACUUGAUCUGCUAGCUAAAGUAAAGAGAUCCGAAUUUGUGCUGAGUGCUAAAGGUUCAGUGUUGGUACAGCUUGGGCUGGCCCUUGUGCCAUAUUCUUGUUGAGGUUGAUUGGUAGCACAGAGCCCAUUAUUUCUUGUCAUUCUUGACCCAAAGAUGUCACCAUUCCUUGUUUAUUUGUGAAGUCCCAUUCACCAAGUAAACUGGUGUUGAUUGGAAAAUACUCUUGAAAUAGGGCAAAACUGCUUGGCUUUUUUUAACUUUAACCGAUGUAACUUAUAAGCAUAGUAAUAAUAUAAUAGUUGUCUGUUUAGUCUUGCGUUGCUUACGAUUCAAGCUGUGUUUGUAAUAAUAGGGAUCCACUGAGAAACUACUGUUUCAGUAGUGAUUUUUUUUUUUGUUGCUCUACUAAACUCAAUAAGUAGACAGGGAAUCGCAAAUCUUUAAUUCUUCAAGUAGCUUUCUUUAAACCCAGAACUUCCUAUGUUAAACACAGCUGCUGUGUAAAAGGAGAAGAUUGCCAGCAUGUUUGUUCAUGCCUAGUUAUGCAAUCUGCAUCUCUUGAAAAGAUUAACUUAAACAGCUUGUUUUCAAAUGCUGCUUCUGGUGUUGAAACCUUUAUCUUUCAACUUUGUUGAACCUUUUCAUUGUGAUGUUACAUUUUUAUCUUUCUGGG